UUGUUGUGGAAAGCUGACAGGCACGUGAGCUGUGCGACGGCGAGCAUCGACAGCAGCAAACAUGGCGGCUACAACUCCUCCCAAGGUGAUAUUUGAACACGAAGGGGUUUUCAUCCAUUCAAGCACAGACGAUUCGGCGGAUCAGGAUUCACUAAUAUCAGGCUUUCUCCAGAUCAUUGAUAAGGAUGGUGAAACAUUUGUGGAAUAUAAACCUUUGGAGGAUACAGUGGAUCUUUCAAAUAUGCUUUGUGCCUGCAAGGACUCCAGCUCUGUGAUGGAGUGGACACAGAGGCCUCAUCGCCCGAUGGAUCAGCAGUUAAGCUAUGAGACUGAGUGGGACAUGGUUAACACCGUCUCCUUUAAGAAGAAGGUCCAUACCAAUGGUGAAGGGGGUUCAAACCAUUUUAAUGAGCGCAACAAGUGGGCCUUCUCCUUUAAUGUCAGUGAACUCAGAACUGUCACAGUUAAACACGAAGGCUGGUCAUACCUAAUUUUCUGCUUGAGGGAUGAUGCAACAUUGCCUGCCAUUCACUUCCAUCAAGGAGGCAGCCAAGGGUUUCUGGAUGGCUUGAGGAAAUCCGUGCAUCUCAGCGAGAGUCCUGAUGAUAAAAACGUUCUGGAAGUUGCCACAUAUAACAAAGCAAUUUCACAGUCCUUUGAGAAUCUUCUCGAUGACUCCAAUUAUGGCCUUGUUCAGGUACGAGAAUUUCAUAUUGGGAUGAGGGGAAAUUAUAUUGAUGUGCUUAAUUUAAAAAUUGGCGCACACAAAGCUGUCAGUGCACUGCUCAAACUCCAUUCUUGUCAACAGAAAUUGAAAAAGGAUCCCUACACAACAACUUUGGGUGGUUUCUCUAAAGUCACAAACUACAUCUUUGAUGCAUUUCGACCGUCCGAGUCUGAAUGCCAGCAGCGCCCUGCUGAGGAAGUGGCAGACAUUCUGGGGGAACUCAUCCCUGGGUUGGAAAUCAACCAGCAGGAAGAGCCUGGCUUUGAGGUCAUCACUAGAAUUGAUUUGGGCACAAGGCCAGAGGUACAGAGGAGAGAGCCAGUAACGAUGGAGGACUGGGCAAAGCACCAAGACUCUGAGGGAAGAGUGUCCAGUGUGCCUCACUUAAAGCAUCUUAUUUUCAAAGGGGGCUUGUACCAUGCUGUGAGAAAAGAAGCUUGGAAGUUUUUGCUGGGCUAUUAUCCCUGGGAUAGUACACAUGAAGAAAGGAAAAAUCUGCAGAAAAGGAAAACGGACGAGUACUUCAGAAUGAAGCUGCAGUGGAAAUCAGUCAGCGAGGAGCAGGAGAAGAGAAAUACCAGGUUACGAGAUUAUAAAAGCCUUAUCGAGAAAGAUGUAAACAGGACUGACCGCAACAACAAGUUCUAUGAGGGCCUGGACAACCCCGGGCUGAUAUUGCUGCAUGACAUCCUAAUGACAUACUGCAUGUAUGACUUUGAUUUGGGCUAUGUACAAGGCAUGAGUGAUCUGCUCUCUCCCAUCCUCUUUGUUAUGGAGAAUGAAGUGGAUGCCUUUUGGUGCUUUGUCUCCUUCAUGGAUCAGAUGCAUGAGAACUUUGAAGAACAGAUGCAGGGCAUGAAGACUCAGCUGAUCCAGCUUAGCACGUUGCUACGGCUCCUAGAUUUAGCCUUCUGGAAUUAUCUGGAGGCUCAGGAUUCUGGGUAUCUGUAUUUCUGUUUUCGGUGGUUACUGAUCCGCUUCAAGAGGGAACUCUACUUUCAGGAUGUGCUUCGCCUCUGGGAGGUGAUGUGGACAGGCCUCCCGUGCCAGAAUUUUCACCUUCUGGUAUGCUGUGCCAUUUUGGAUUCAGAAAAACAGAAAAUAAUGGACAGACAUUAUGGAUUUAAUGAAAUACUCAAGCACAUAAAUGAACUCUCCAUGAAACUGGACAUUGAGGAAAUCCUUAUUAAAUCAGAGGCUAUAUACAUGCAGUUAAAAAAUUGCAAGGAUUUGCCCCAUUCAGUGAGUGAGAUUCUGGGCUUAAACACAGUCACAGAGAGCUCUACCUUAGAAACCAGUGAAUACAGUGUGCUUGAAUCACCUCAGACCUCACCAAGAUCUGCACACAAACAAGACCAGGCCUAUUCCAAUGGCCAUGGACUCUUACAAGAAACACCACACAACACAUGUAAAGUUGGAUUUAUUUCAUAGGACAUGUCAUAGGUUUUCUUAGCACCUGUAUAUCAGUAAGAUAAACCGUGUUUUGGUAUCAUGUAGAUAUUUGCUACCAGAUAUUACAUAGAAAAGAAUAUGUAUGAAUGUAAAAUUGGGAUCUAAUGUGAUCUUAAAGCUAUUAUUUUUGUAAUUUUCUUGUACCAUAUUGUCUUUCAUGGAAAUAACCAUUCCUUCUCACUGUAUAAAGUUUUCAAAAUGUAAAGAUGGAGUUUCCAUUGUUGAUUUUAAAUGCUGAUUUAUUCCCCCCAUUUUCUUUUCUUGAAUCAUGCAAUUAAAUGAAUUAAAAUCUGGUCGCCUCAUGGUGGUGGCUUUGGGGUUGUUGUUUUUAAAAAAAAAAAAAAAACAACCAGAUAAAAGUAAGAUUAAUGUAACCUAGGAAUGGGGUGUUACCAUUUUUCAUUUCAUAUGAAUUACCUGGUACAUGCUUUAUUUGGGCAGUACGGUGGUGUAAUGGUUAGCAUGGUCGCCUCACAGCAAGAAGGUUCGGGGUUCAAACCCAGCGGCCGGCGAGGGCCUUUCUGUGUGGAGUUUGCAUGUUCUCCCUGUGUCUGCGUGGGUUUCCUCGGGGUGCUCCGGUUUCCUCCAUGGUCUAAAGGCAUGCGGUUAGGUUAAUAUGGGAUGGCCUUGGGCUGAGGUGCCCUUGAGCGAGGCACCUAACUCCCAACUGUUCCCCGGGCGCUGUUAGCAUGACUGCUCAUUGCUCGUGUGUGUGUGUUCACUGCUUCAGAUAGGUUAAAUGCAGAGAGGAAAUUUCACAAGUGUGUGUGAUGAAUAAAGUUGUGCUUUCUUUUUUUUUUUUGCUUUAUUAAAAUAUCAAGUAAACCAUUUGUAAUGAUGCAGAUCUGUGGGAUGACCUGAAAUACUGAGGCAAGAAAUGAUGUUAACACUGACUUUUUUUUAUCUUCUUGCUUGUGUUUCAGCUUUACUAAUUUCACUCAUAUUCUCUCUCUCUCUCACACACACACACCCCUACGGUAUGUGUUUUGGUCGGGAGAGAUCCCCUGUCUUCGCUCUCUCCCUCCUUUUCUAUCCUUCAUUGCAAAACACACGUUAAUUUACAACAGGUGUACUGACUUUGCCACUCACCUUCCCUGGUCCCGCCCUCCAUUCACAACCCGCCGCUUGGCCACGUCUCCGCUGCCAUAACAUGCUAUCUGUAUGCUUGCACAUCCAGUACAGAAAUGGUGGCAUCCUUCAUGAAAAUUAAUUGAUAAAGUAUGACAUGUAAGAAGUGAUAUUUGAGUUCAGUCAUACAGGAGUACUGUAUAAUUUAUUUUAAAAAGUGUAAAGUUUAAAAAAAAAACACUGGUGUUCUCUUUGAGUCUAUACCUGUAAUGUUUACUAAAGUUGGAAACACCCAUUGAGUGAUCCUGACUCAAUUCUCCAAGCAGAACCCAUUUAUAGUGUUAGAUUUGUGUAUGUGGACAUUUCCCUCUUCAAUUCAGACCACAGGUUCUCAGUGGUGUUCAAACCCAGACAGCCAGAUGAUUAUUUGCAAAAUACAAAUUUUUUGUUUAGUUAACAAUGUCUAUGUUUUAUUGGAAAUAUGAUUCUCAUGGGCGGCACGGUGGUGUAGUGGUUAGCGCUGUCGCCUCACAGCAAGAAGGUCCGGGUUCGAGCCCCGUGGCUGGCGAGGGCCUUUCUGUGCGGAGUUUGCAUGUUCUCCCCGUGUCCGCGUGGGUUUCCUCCGGGUGCUCCGGUUUCGCCCGUAGUCAGCUGGGAUAGGCUCCAGCUUGCCUGCGACCCUGUAGAACAGGAUAAAGCGGCUAGAGAUGAUGAGAUAAUUCUCAUUAUUUUGCUGAAAGCUUUAUCUAUGGAUGAGUCUGAAGAUAAAGCAGACGCAGCUGGGAUUUAGACUGAAAAGUCCUGGUCCUGAACAAAUCAACAAUCACAUUUUGUGUUGACCGGUCUUUGGUUCUACUCAUGAUAAUACAUAAGGGGUUUGAUGUGUGGAACCUCCUAUUUAUACCUCAGGGGAACAGGGCAUGUUUAAAGGCAAUAACAGGUGUUCCUGAACUUUGCACUGGCUCUCUGUCCAAUACAGGAUCCAGUUUAAAGUUUUAAAAGCUUGAUGAAUUUUAUAAGCUUAACCAUGUUUUAUAUUAUCUUAAUGGUACAGCACUUUGUACAAAUUUUAUUCUUUUAAAUGUGCUUUAUAAUUUCUUACUUGGUUAGUUACUAAGUUACUGGGCUAUAAUAAUUCUUUUACAUUUAUUUAAAAUAUUUUGGGGAGCCAAAACCACUUUAGCACAUACACCGUGUGUAUGAACAAUGACUAUGAUUUUGUUUCUUAUAAUAAAGAUAAAUUCUCUUACA